GUUGGGCCGAGUGGGCGAGGAAGCCCAUAUAUUUGAAUGGAAUGCGGAAAACACAGUAGAAACGAUUGUGGCUGUCUUAGUAGUGUUGCCUCUUCCAUUUCGCUCUUUCGUUUCGACCAAUAGAUCUCAGUCUUCAGUUUAGUCUGUAAUCAUGUCAGCCAAGUAUAUCGUAUCCGCAAUUAUUGGAUCAUUUGGAAUUGCAUGGGUAUGUGAUCAUUAUGUUUCAGACAAAAAGAUAUUUGGAGGUAGUACCCCUGGAACUAUUACAAACACUGAGUGGGGGGAAGAGACUGACAAAAAGUUGCAGGCAUGGCCACGAACUGCUGGUCCACCAGUGGUCAUGAAUCCCAUAAGUCGCCAAAAUUUCAUUGUCAAAUCUCGUUCUGAUUAAUAAUUUUUUGUUUAUUAAUUUUGAGUUAAAUGAUGCACCUUGGUCAUGGGAUAUGUUUCCAUAAAUGAUGAUCAUGUUUGAGGUAAAACUCUUGCAGUUCAAUUAGUGUUUGGAUGUUAUAACAUGUGAAUUUUACUUGUCUAAAUAAAAUGUUACUUGGCAAUCAUUGUUUGAUUGAUGCA